AUGGAUCUUAGCAGGGACUUGCUCGCAGAGCUGUCUAGAGAGGCAGGGCCCUCACAGUCAUGGGACGUUCGCUACACCCUUCUACGCACUAAGUACAGGGAACGACAGCCCGCAUUCGGCAAAUACCUGGGCCAUACAGAGCCUCCUGAUGACCCUUUCGACGAAUGUAACAGCAAGCUUGCUGCGUUCUGUGUCUGUGACCCAUGCUAUCAUCAAUACUUUCCGGCUGCAGUUGGUGUGAAUGACCUGGAGGCUCGCGAUAUUAUCAUGGCAUUGGUUGUUGAUGCCCGUCAGGACUUGGACUUUCUUCGUCAAGUUCUCGCUGACCAUGCGGAUCUUAUCGUCACACAAUGGAAGAAAAAGUCUCGAGAAAAGCGUGCCAAGUUCUUGUCAGAGAACGUUGACCUGUUCGAUACAAAGUGGGCUGCGAUCCAUUUGCUUCAUAGAUGCAGCAAUCUAACAAGUACUGAGUACUCAGAAUUCAUGCAGCGUCUGCAGAACAUUGACGAUCCGACUAUGAAAAGACCUGAGAAGUGGGUUCUUUUCGACAAUUUACAUGUUGAUCUGGUCGAGCGCUUCGGGGUAAUCGUCCAAACUAUCAAUGCACAUUGUGUUGUGAUGCAAGGACCUGACUUUGGAGAGCUCGUCAAAUGGACCGCGAAGGAAGCCCAUCGCUUCGAGAUCAUCGGCUUCACAAGAGCUCACAACGUCCUCUCGUGUCAGCAAAGAAUGAUGGCGUUCCUGAGGAAGUGCGUUGCUGGCCUAUUAGAUGAGAUGAUGGACCCUCCAGUUUUACAGUCGCACCCCAAAUGGGAUCAGCUCGUCAACGCCGACUUCUCACGAUUUGGGUCUGCAUCUGCGUGGUCAACGGAUUCUGUCGGGCCGUUCUCUAGUCCGCCCACCUUCGACCCUGUGGAGACCAUCGAGCUCAUCAGAUCGCGUCAUCGUCUCAUCAAGGACCAUGUCGAACAGCUGCAGACUGAUCCCGCAUAUGUCCAGCAGCAUGCGCGUGAGCUCGGAUCUGCUCUCUUCUUCGAGACUUUCGAGCGUAGCAAGAAGUGGCCUCACCUGGUGGAUAGUAUGUUUUCCAACGCUCUGUUGAGAGAAUGCUGGUGGCGACAGCUCGUGGUUGGGAGCGAUCGAAUUGUCGAUAAGUGGAGAGCAUUUGUCCAGGAUCCUUCGGAGUCUACUCGUCAUGCUUAUGAUCAGGCGGUCAUCUGCGUACAGAUGUUCUGCGUGGAAAUGUUCACCAGAUUCGAACAGACCGCCGAAUCUGCGUUGCUUUACGAGCGCGGUUCUGAACGAAACUUUGAGUUCUCUGGAAGCGGUCAGCAGAAUCACCAUGAUCGUCGCUUCAAGACUCGAGAUUGCUUUCCUGAGGACAUCCUAUACUGGAGUGAGGCGGACCGUAUCGGUCAAUAUCUACUCCACCAACUCAGCGACAUGGCCAAUCUGAUCUCCAUCAUCAGUAAUGUUCGAUGUUACCCACACCUUGACCGUUUCCGACCGCAAAUCGACAUGGAUAAUGAUAUGCAUCUUCGCGAAGACUACAAAAACAAGAUCGACACUCUCCUCGAGCAUGAGAUUGUUUUGGGAGACACCACAGCAGGCUACCUGAACGAGCUCUGCACCAAGCAUCCUUGGCCGAAGGGUAUACGUAACGAGGAGUGGCUUUCAUCGAGCGAUCAAGUCUCGCGAGUCUCUAGAUCGCUUUUGGGAAGCUAUUAG